CUCCGUUUCAUUAUCCACUCGAUUUACUUUUGAGAUGCCUCCAACUCGAAAGCGUCGUGCACCAGCCAACGAGGAGCCAGAGGACUUAGAUGGACAUGUUAGACAAACACAACGACGCAGAGUGUCCGAUCCUGAUGAGGAUGAGUUCGCUGGCGGCGACGUCAGCGCUGUACAAGGAGAUGGCAAUUUCGACGCCAUGGUGAAGAACAUGGUCCGCCUAGUCCUCGCAUGCGAAUACUCCAGGACUCCAGUCAGACGCGCCGAUAUUACCGCCAAAGUCCUCGGUACAAAUGCACGUCACUUCAAAGCCGUCUUCAAUGAAGCCCAAAUUCAACUUCGUGGAACAUUUGGCAUGGAAAUGACCGAACUACCUCUCCGAGAGAAGGUCACACUUGCACAACGAAGAGCGGCGCAAAAAUCGCAAACUACACAGAAGAGCAGUGGAUCCUGGAUCUUGACAUCUGUACUGCCUGAACGAUUCCGUCAAGCUGAGAUCUUGCCUCCAUCACAAGCGCCAACCGCAGAGCUCGAGUCUCAAUAUACUGGACUAUACACAUUCGUCGUGUCUCUGAUCUUGCUCAACGGCGGCAUGCUGCCCGACGGAAAGCUGGAACGUUAUCUCAAGAGAGUCGAUGUGGAAGAGGCAGCGGCGCAAAACAGUGUCAACAUCAUGGUCAGCGGUGGAGACAAGACGGAGAAGCUGCUCAAACGUAUGGAGAAGGACGGAUACGUUAUCAAGAUCCGCGACAACACAAGUGGAGAAGAAACGGUCGAAUGGACAGUCGGUCCUCGCGGAAGGACAGAGAUAGGCGACACAGGAGUCAGAGGAAUGGUGAGACAGGUCUAUGGCGAAGUAGACGACCAAGCCGAGCUGGAAAGAGCACUAGAACGCAGUCUGGGUACGAAUGAAGUGCCCAAGAGAAGAGCGGAGCAGGCUGCACAGACGCAAAAGAAGGGUCGACGUCGCAGGACCGAAGUGCGAGAAGGAGGUGGAACCAGCGACGAGAGCAGCGACGACGAUUGAAGGUCGACCGAUUAGAAGAUUGUUUGACAAAGGAGCAUGCAGUAGAUAAAUUCGCUCCCAUGCAUACGAGUACAAUAUCACGAGUUAUGACAAGAUUUUAUGUUAUGCAAACCCCGGACCAGACUAGGCUCAAAGGGGUCUAAAUAUAUAAGCUCGAG